AGACAAAAUAAAAUAAAAUCGCAUCACGAUGAAAGUGACAGGUUCCUUGAAGGGUCAUCCUAAUCAUGACCCAGAGAUUAGUGACUCGGAGUCAGAGGACUCUAUUCCACCAGAUGAGCUGCUAUUUAAAGGUAUGAAAACCAUUCACCGACAACACUCAUUUCAAUUAAAAAUUCAUUUCACAUAACGGUGAUAUUGACAUACUUGAAAAUAAUAAAACUAGAAAAACAACAUAAGGUUUCAUAAACAGAGAAAUCUAUGCACUCACCUGACAUCCAACAGUAGAUCAUUUUUAACAUCACUUUCAAUCCAUGCAUGGAUAAAUGGACAUACCAUCCAAUAAACUCAUGUCGUUAAUGAAUAGCAAAAGUCGCAUGAACAUUUUUUAAUGUGUGUGUUCUGCAGACAUGACGAGAAAUCAGAAGAUCCGUAGCGUUGUGAUCGUCAUCGUUAAGCUGCUGUCUUUCCUUGGACUGCUCUAUAUCUUCAUUGUCUCCCUGGGAUUACUGGAGUCUGCCUUCCAGCUCUUGGGCGGUAAGUGUAGCGCAGUAUUCAAAGAUUUGAAGUGCAGUCGAACGUCAUCGUUUAGCUCCAAAAUAUUUAUUGCGGAAAAAAAAUAUGUGAUCGUUUGUUUCAGUUAGUGGAGUCGGAAACCUAGGAAUUUGAGNGGGUGGGGAUGGAGGGGGGAAUUAGUAAAUUUGUCUUUUUACUACAUUCGUAACUGGCAUGAUUACUUUCAUAGUAACCGAGUCUACCGUCCAUUGUUUAUACUUUAGAAAUUGUAUGGCAUCUCAUAUUUAUAAAUAAUGGUGUUGAUUUUACAUAUUAUAUGUAUAUAUAUAUAUAUAUAUAUAUUUAUAUAUCUCCAGGCAAGGCUGCAGGUCAGGCAUUCAACAGUGGGGUCCUGUCCAAUCCUCUGGCUGGCUUGAUGAUUGGGGUGCUUGCCACGGUCCUGGUGCAGAGCUCGUCCACGUCAACAUCUAUCGUGGUGACCAUGGUUGGUUCCAACA